AGCGCGCGGGUGGGGUGGGGGAGGGUUUUCGGUUGUGUGUAAAUUACAGUCGCAAUCCGAAGGUAUUUUAACAGCUACCGCAGUCACCCUCUACUACACCUCAGGCAAGAUGGGACGCUCCUCCAAAGACAAACGCGAUAUUUACUACCGUCUGGCCAAGGAAGAAGGGUGGCGAGCUCGCAGCGCAUUCAAACUUCUGCAGCUGGAUGAGGAAUAUCACUUAUUUCAAGGUGUCUCCCGGGCUGUGGAUCUCUGUGCAGCACCUGGGAGCUGGAGUCAAGUUCUGAGUCGAAAGCUCAAAGGAGAAGAUCCUAAAAAUGCAGAUAUCAAAAUAGUGGCUGUAGAUUUGCAAGCCAUGGCUCCAUUGCCAGGAGUCAUUCAAAUCCAAGGGGACAUCACCAAGGUUUCAACAGCUCAGGAAAUCAUUCAUCAUUUUGAGGGGCAACCAGCCGAUCUGGUUGUAUGUGAUGGAGCCCCUGAUGUGACUGGACUCCAUGAUAUAGAUGAGUACAUUCAAGCCCAGCUGUUGCUUGCUGCCUUGAACAUCACUACGCAUGUCCUAAAGAAAGGGGGGACAUUUGUAGCUAAGAUAUUCCGGGGGAAAGAUGUCACUCUUCUCUAUUCCCAGUUGAAAAUAUUUUUCCCUGAUGUGACAUGUGCCAAACCCCGAAGUAGUCGCAACUCUAGCAUUGAAGCCUUCGCUGUUUGCCGAAACUACAGUCCCCCUGAAGGUUAUGUGCCAAACAUGUCCAAUCCCUUAUUGGAUCAUUGCUAUGAUGUGGAUUUUAAUCAGCUGGAGGGUCCCAAUCGGGUCAUUGUCCCUUUCCUGGCCUGUGGCGAUCUAAGUGCUUACGAUUCUGAUCGGACCUACCCGCUACAGCUGGAUCCUGAGAAGGAGUAUACCUACAUGCCCCCGACCCAGCCGCCCAUCCGACCUGCCUACGAAGAAGCCUGCUUCUUAAAGAAACACAACCUCCUUACCAAGGAACAAGGCCCCCACUCUCAGCUGCCAGAGCAAGGUGUUUCAAAUGUUCCUCUAGAGACUGAAGUCGUAGAUGCCCUGGAGGAACUGUCAAUCUAACGUAAUCACAGGACUAAGAAAAGAAAAAUGUGACCCUGUGCCAGGUUGAAAGACUACAUUUUAUCUUCUGUAGGAGCAAAGGUGGGAAGGAUGAGCUUGUCUCCAGAGUUGGAACUUUGAGGGCCCAUGGGAACAUGGGUACUAUCACAAGCCUUUGGAAUCACAUUGAAAUGCAAAAGAACUCCGCCCCCCACAUAGACAACCUGGAUAUUCAGCAGCAGACUUCAGAAGCAGACUGCUUGUAACAGAGAUUGGCCAGGGCUAUCGUGCAGGGCUGUUGUAUUAGUCAACCUGGCUGUUAGAGAGCAGCUUGAGAGGCUGUCUCUUUCCUCCUCACUUCCUGCCUCUCCCCCCCCCCUUUCCAAAGGGGAGAACUAAUGGUUGAAACCACGGUUACUUCUUCUUCGUCCCUUUUUCAGUUCGCUCCACUCCUACCCAUAGAUCUGCAAGAGAGUGGCAAUCAAAGCAACCACAGAAAUGGAGUGUUUUUGCAGGGCUCUUCAUCUCAAUGAUACUGAAAGUGAAGGAAGGGAGUGUAGUUUCACUCCAGGCAGUAAUAGGCCGAUUGAGGUAAUUGAAACCUUGGUGGGUUAACAUUUAAAGUGUGUUGUAUAAACAGAGCCUCAGAACUUUGUCAGCUCUGUUCUAAAGUGAGAUAAUGGAUAACUUGAAUGCUCAUAUAAUAUCAGUUCUAGGAGAAAAAUUGCACAUGAGCUUGUUCUUGUUAGUUUAAAAGAUAUUUACCGUAUUUUUCGGAGUAUAAGACUCACCUUUUUCCCCCCUAAAAGGGGGUGAAAAUUUGGGUGUGUCUUAUACACCGAAUGUAGCCCUGUCCAUCCACUGGCCCCCACCCUUUGGCCUCUGCCUCCCAGCAAUUUACCUCCUUGCAGCAAGAAGAAACAGACCAUUUCAGCUUCAGCACAGCCUAAUUAGCACAAGUUGAUUGUCCAUUGGAUCAGCCUCUCGACUCUCAGCUGUUUCAGGCUGCAGGGAUUGUCAUUGCCUAUUGCUGCGCAGGCCUCUGCUGCUUGCUGCAAGGAGGAAAAUUGCAGAUUUUUUUUUUCUUGUGCUAAUCAAGCUAUGCUGAAAACGAAAAUGAAAGUAAAGCAGGCUUUUUGCUGCAACGAGGCAAAAUUGCUGGAAGGCAGAGGCAGAUUUCUUUUUCUUGUUUUCCUCACCAAAAAAAAGAUAGGUGCGUCUUAUAGUCCGGAGUGUUUUAUACUCCGAAAAAUAUGGUAACUUCAUUCCUUUUACACCUUUUCCUAUUUUAUUGCUCAAAAAGCCUAGGAAAUUCCUCUGUGCUUAUACUGCAACAUUUUAAUAAAAUUUUAUAAUUUCUUCAAUGCU